UUGCACGGAAACAUAGAUUCCACAGGAAGAUCAACUGAGAAAUCUGAGAGUGAGAUUAACCAGGACACACACUUGCUAGCAGCAGAAUCAAGCAAAUUAAGGCACGAGAUGAGGAGGCCGUGGUCUCUCCUUCAGCUGGCGGCGCUGCUUGUGCUGCUGCUCGUCGUCGCUGUGGCUGCAGCGGAGGCCGACGGAGCAGACGUCAUUGACCCCAAGCUAAAGCCCACUAAACCAGAGCAGCCCAAGCCCAAGCCUACUGAACCAGAGCAGCCCAAGCCCAAGCCUACUCAACCAGAACAGCCGAAGCCUAAGCCUACUCAACCAGAUCAACCGAAGCCCAAGCCUACUCAACCAGAUCAACCGAAGCCGAAACCCGAACCGCAGCCCGCUCCUGAUGCAGGAAAGCCCACUCCGAAGCCAGACCCGACCCCGAAGCCCAAGCCGGGUCCGUCCAAGCCCAAGCCGCCGGUCGUUGGCCCAGGCACGCCAGACAAGGAAUAAGCUGCUGCAUGCUUUGAUCCAUCUGAUGGACGGCCCAGCUUCCUCUAAGCAACCAUCAGACGGAGUACGUAUAGUAGUAUCCAUGGAAUAAUCAGCAGUGUUGUACGUACGCACCUGCUAUGUGUGUGAGCUACUGCUUGUGUUUGUGAUAAGUAUUAUAUCAAAGCAUAUCGUGUCCUCGUGACAUAUUAUA